AAGUAUAAAGAGUAGUAGCAUUUUACUUUCCAAAGACGAUGCUCUAAUUUAAACAACUAUGUUAUUGUUCAGUCAAUUAGAGUUUUUAUAGUUGUACAGUGUGACAGUGAGAAAAACGUCGACAACAAUUAUUAGAGCUGAUUUUUCAUAAAAGUUAUGAUACGUACCAUUUUAUUGAGUCCUAAGAAACUAUUUGUUCCAGUAGCCUUUAUUGUUCUAAUCAUUAUAUUACCUGGAUGGAAUGAUGAAAUAACAGAACUACCUGAACAUGGAUUAUACUUAGACAAUUUAUACGAUAUAGAGCUAGGCGAAAGUACAGACACAUUGACCUGUCCGUCAACUAAUGUAAUAACUACAAAAUAUAAAUGUAACGAAAAAGGACAGUGGGUAGAUUGUCUUCGAAGACAUUGCUGCCCCGAUUAUGUGUAUAUUUCAGGCAGAUGUCUACAUAAAAGUCAAGAUCUCUGUUCUUUGAAUGUGUGUGAGCAGCGUUGCACAAUUUAUUUGCAAAGAAUUAUCUGUACAUGUCAUCAUGGAUAUAAAUUUAGUCCCGAGAAUCAGAGAAAUAAUAAAAAGCCCGUUUGUUUAGAUAUUGAUGAAUGUCUAGAUAAUAAUGGAGGUUGUCAACAAAUUUGUAUAAAUGAACUGGGCAGUUAUAGAUGCGAUUGUAACCAAGGAUUCAAAAUAAGGAAUGAUAACAGGACAUGCAUUCCUGAAAGCCCUGAUAAUAAUUUAGAUCCAUCACAACAAGCUGUCUAUAUGGAUGUGUGCUAUGCUAAUUGUGACAGUGUGGUUAAGUUACAGAAUCAGUUGGAUUUAUUAUAUGAAAAGGUUGCAGCUUUAAGUACAGCAAUAAGGUUAUCCAGUUAUGCGUCUGGACCACCUGGUCCUGUUGGACCACCAGGACCUCCAGGACCUCCCGGACCUCGUGGUUUUCCAGGUCCAGAUAUUUCUUCAAAUAACAUAAAUUCAAAUUUGGAUUAUACAUAUUCAGUUGUAGAUGCGUAUGUACCGCAAGCAGAUAAUGAUAAUACGCAAUGUGUGUGCAAACGUGGUCCACAAGGUCAAAUUGGGGCGCCUGGUGCGCAAGGACCAAAAGGAGACCGAGGUGACAGAGGUCCCAAAGGUCCAAGAGGUGAACGAUGGUCAAUCGAUUUUUUUUUGUUAAUGCUUGCCGAUUUGAAGCAUGAUAUUGUUCAUGUGCAAAAUAAAGUUUUCAUCAAUGGUGAAACUCCACCAAAAUUCGAUUUUGAUACUGCUCUACUGAAAAAAAGAUCCAGAGAUAAGCAUCAAUUUAUUCAUCACAAAAAGGUGUUAGAAGGAAUUGUCAAACCACCUAUAACUAAUAGCAAAAAUUCGAAUACAAUUUCCUUCGAAACUAGCACACUCAUACCUACACAACAGAAUAACGAUGAUAUUGAAGAGUUCAAAGAUGAUGUUGCUGAAGAACAUCUCAAAUAUGAAGUCUCCAGCAGUGAUAUUGAUGACUACGACGACUUUGACGAAAUGACGGAUGAAGAUUACAUGUGAUCUAAUAUUGAUCAAUAGAUAUACUUAGUUUAAUUUUCCUUGAUAUUUACUCGAAUUAUAAAUUUUGAACAUAUAUGAGAAUGAUGAUGCUUACAAUUUUAAUAGCUAAUCUGAAUACAAAACGAUUUGAUUAUUGUUAUUAUCAAGUUUAAUAAAAACAUUGAUAAUU